AUGUUAAUUGCUCCAUGGUUCUGUGACGGUUGUGGUCGGACAAAUGGUAUUACCAGAUACCAAUGUCAACAUUGCCGAGGAUUCAAUACAUACGAUUUAUGUGAUCAAUGUAUACUGCGUGCGUCCACAAUACAUCCAUAUCAUAGAUUUGCCCUAGUACAACAAGCAGGAGCUGGUACACCAAAUUGGAGACCACCAGUAGCCGUACAAUAUUGA